AGGCGGAUGCCUAGAGAACAUUGCGCUGCGCAUGCGCCGUAACGCAGACUGAUACCCCAUCUCUAGCAGUAGCAACACGCCGCGCCUGCGCAUUGGAGCUUUGAAGCGCCCAGCGAGUCCUUCUGUGUGUUCCUGUCAGGGCCCCACAACCGGCCGCGCACCUGAGGGAGGAGGAGGAGGAACGGCGGCGGGAUUGGGCGGGAACAGUGCCCCCUCCCCAGUACGGACUAUCACAGGAGCUGCUGCUUCGGGGGGGGAAGAGCCUUUCGGUGACAGGAGGGAGGGGUCACCGGCUCCGCCCCGCUCUGCCCCUGGCGGCCCGGCCGGCUCCGUAUGUGAGUGUUUGGGAGCCGGUUGUCAUGUAGGCCCCUCAAUUGGCUUGAUCCUUACCGGCACCUGUCCAUUCAUUCAUCCCCCGGAGAGAUGGUGGACGUUGGCCUAAGCGCUUCCGGCGACGGCACCAGAAGAAAAAUGGAGUCCUUGGCUGACGGCACGGUGGAGGUGGUGCCGCUCGAUAUGUACGACUCGUUCAGGGCUAAGAUUGCUGCUAACUUACAGUGGAUUUGUGCGAAGGCCUACGGAAUAGAUAACGUCCCGGAGGAGCUGAAGGACCCUUUCUAUACAGAUCAGUACGAGCAGGAGCACAUCAAGCCACCUGUCAUCAAGCUGCUCCUCUCCAGCGAGCUCUACUGCCGGGUCUGCAGCCUCAUCCUAAAAGGGGACCAGGUGGCCGCCCUGCAGGGUCACCAACCCGUCAUUCAGGCUUUAUCCCAGAAGGGCAUUUACGUCAUGGAGAGCGACGAGGCACCUGUGUCCGAUUCGGACCUCAGCUGCUCUCCAAUCAAAAUGAGCGCCCACAUGUCUAUGAUCGAUGCCCUUAUGAUGGCCUACACCGUGGAGAUGAUUAGUAUUGAGAAAGUCGUCGCUAGCGUCAAGCGCUUUUCUACAUUUAGUGCCUCAAAGGAGCUGCCGUAUGAUCUAGAGGACGCUAUGGUGUUUUGGAUCAAUAAGGUGAAUCUAAAAAUGAGGGAAAUUUUGGAGCGAGAACAUAGGAUAAAACAACAAGUAAUAGAAAGUCCAAGCCAUCCAAAGUCUCCUUCCAAAUGGUAUUGGAAAUUAGUACCUAUUCGUUACCGGCGGGACCACCCCUCAAACAGGCAUUUGCCCUACUUCCCGAUACUUGAAGAUCUAAUGAAGGAUAUUAGCGACGGGGCAGCGCUUCUCACCAUUAUACACUUCUACUGCCCCGAGCAGAUGAAACUGGACGAUAUCUGCCUGAAGGAAGUCACGUCCAUAGCCGACAGUCUGUACAAUAUUCAGCUCCUCAAAGAGUUUUCCAAUGAAUAUUUGAACAAGUGUUUCUUUCUGACCCUGGAAGACAUGCUGUACUCCCCGUUAGUUCUCAAGCCCAACGUAAUGGUUUUUAUUGCCGAGCUUUUCUGGUGGUUUGAGAAUGUAAAGCCUGAUUUUGUUCAACCCAGAGACACCCAGGAGCUCAAAGAAGCUAAAGUUGCCACGCAGCCGAAAAGCAGUCGCCCCCAAGUACCGAUUUCGAACGCAACGAAGCGCAGUUUCCUGGCGAGCCCACCCAGCACCGGGGAUUGUCAGGCAGCAGCCGCCUCCGACUCGUGCAGCAGGAAUUAUCUACAGCCCGAGGAUGCAGAGAACGGGAAGGGAUGCACAGUCUUCAGCCCGUCACACCCAUUAUUGCCUUUGAGGCAGAAACAGCAGAAGUCUGUCCAACCAGAGGAAAGUCCAAAUCACAGAGAUCGGGCGAACUCGCUGACGCGGGCCGACGGGCAACCCAUGGCCUCCAUAAUUGCCUGGCCAGAGAAGAAGCUAAGACCUCUCUCUCAGCCGUUUGCCUUCCACCACGGAGCAGAUGAUGUAGAUGCCACCUCCGGGGACAGCAUUAGCCUCGCCAGAUCGAUCAGCAAGGACAGCCUGGCCUCAAACAUCAUCAGCGCAACUCCCAAGCAUCAGACCUUUCCCACGCCUAUGAACGUCGGAUCCAAGAGCUUACUGGGCAACGUCGAUAUUGAAGAUGACGAGGAAGAGCUUGUUGCGUUCAUCAGGUCGGACGACACAUCGUGCCCAGGAGACCUUGAGCUGCAGAGCGUUUCCUCCAGGGCAUCGAGUCAGAUGAGCGCAACGAGGCCGAGGAGGCCGGGAGAUUUAGAGAGCAAGCCGGACAGUUUCUUUUUGGAACCUCUAAUGCCGGCGGUGUUGAAACCUGCUAAAGAAAAACAGAUGGUCCCUAAGAGAGAAGAGUACGGAGAAGGAAAACAAAAAGGCUUCUCUUCGAAAAGGCAAAACGAGGGGAACCAGUCCUUUUCGCGGAAGAAGAUAAUCAACAAUCACACUGGACACGACUUGAAUAGAACUUUUACGCCACUUUCCAGCUUGGAGUCUGCAUGUGUAACUGCCCCUUUAAGGACAGACCCGGCGCAGCUUUCCAUAGAGAAUGGAAAUGGUACUUUUAGGCCCCUGGCUACGAGUAGCGUGGAGCCGAACGAGCCCGUCGGGGGGUUCUUUCUUCAUGAUAUCAAUGAUGAUGAAGUGGAGGAGAAGCCCAGUGUGGGCAGCUUAAUGAUCGAGGACCCCCGUAAGUCAGACACAACGUGGACAGUAUUACCAGAUUCUGAGCAUUUAGAUAUAGGCGAACGCGAGCAAGAAGUCGUAGUUGCCCGCGCCUUCGGCAAACACAUCGGCGAGGAGGAAUCUGCUAAGCUGCAGGAAGACAUGAAGGUUAAAGAGCACGAUGACAAAGACGACGCCAGCGGACGCUCCAGCCCGUGCCUAAGUACCAUUUCCCAAAUCAGCAGCGCAUCCAUGGCCAGCGGGAGCAUCCGGAUGACGAGCUUUGCCGAGCGCAAAUUUCAGAGGCUUAAUAGCUACGAAACCAAGUCUAGUACUAGCAGCUCCCAGAAGACCACUCCCGACGGAUCCGAGUGCUGCCCCCUUCCGCUGACGACCUGGAAACAGAGGAGGGAACAAAGCCCUGGCAGGCAAAACAAAGAUCAUGCCAACGUUUUGGCCUCGGAGCUAGUCCAGCUUCACAUGCAGCUGGAGGAGAAGAGGCGCGCCAUCGAGGCUCAGAAGAAAAAAAUGGAGUCCCUGUCUGCCAGGCAGCGCUUAAAAUUGGGCAAAGCCGCCUUCCUGCACGUCGUGAAAAAGGGCAAACCAGACACCGUGCCGCAGCCGGUGAAGCCGGGGCACAGCUUGAAGGAUUACACCAAACGGGUGCCUGAGGAUAUAGAUGCCGUUUCCGUAAACGCUAAAGUGGAGCAAUACUUGGAGACCAUAGAACCCGGCGACUUGAAAGUUCAAGAAGCUUUCGCCGACCCCAAACAGAAAGACCCCGCCUCGUUAGAAGCAGACAUAUGCAAUUUAAUAGCCAGCUCCACCCCGGACGAUGCAGACUCCGAAAUCGACGUCAACGAGUGCGACCUUUCCAUCGAAAAGCUGAAUGAAACCAUCAGCACGCUGCAGCAGGCCAUACUGAAAAUAUCCCAGCAGCAGGAGAUGCUAAUGAAGGCCCCCGCCAUGGCCGUCCCAUCUCUCCCCAACAACGGGCAGGAACAUAAACUAAAGCCGUCGGUACAGUUUGUCGAACCUAUAUCGCCACCGGGGGUGCCGGUUGCCCGUAAAACGCCGCGUUUUGGCCAGGGACGCAACCCUCGUUCGCUACGAAUACCCGAGCAGAAAACCGCGAAGGAAAAAGCAUUGAGCUCUUCUCGUGUAAUAACCCCGACCAACAGUAUAGAAACAGUGCCCCAUUUGAAGUCUGUGCAACCCCCCAAAUCCCCCAACCUCCCUGCUGAAGAACCCCCAGCGGACAUUGUGCCGGAACAAGGAAGCGCUUACCAGGAUAAACCAACGACGGGGGGUUUCCGGCUGCACGAAGACAAUAAUCAAAGGACAUUCGUUCUGUCCGCUUCCAAAGAUGCCAAUAUUAUUUCCGAGCAGAUGCACCGAGAGGCCGUGGGCAGUUUGAGAGUGGCCGGAGGGAGCGCGCCCGAAAGCUCGGGGAAAGAAAACGUCCCGGUCGACGAGCAGAAUAAAAACAAAAGCAGCCUCAUCGAGGUGGAUCUCUCGGAUCUGAAAGAAACCGACGAAGAGGGAGAAGAGACGGAUCACCCGGAAAAAACCAAGGACAUCAUUAGCGAUGACCAGAAAUCGGGCUUGGGAUUCUUCUUCAAGGACGAACAGAAAGCCGAAGACGAGCUGGCAAAGAAGCGCGCAGCCUUCCUGAUGAAGCAGCAGCGCAAAGCCGAAGAGGCGCGGAUCCGAAAGCAACAGUUGGAAGCUGAAGUUGAACAGAAGCGCGACGAGGCUCGUCGUAAAGCGGAAGAAGACAGAAUACGGAAGGACGAAGAGAAGGCCCGGAGAGAGCUCAUCAAGCAGGAAUAUCUCCGAAGGAAGCAACAACAGAUCUUGGAGGAACAGGGGCUUGGCCGGCCAAAGCCUAAACCGAAACCCAGGAAAACUCGCCCCAAAUCUGUCCAUCGAGAGGAAUCGUACAGCGACUCCGGAACGAAAUAUUCCUCUACACCUGAUAAUUUAAGCAGCGCUCAGUCUGGAUCCAGCUUGUCUUUGGCCUCCGGUGCUACGACAGAAGCUGAGAGUGUGCACUCAGGAGGGACCCCGUCACACAGGGUGGACUGUGUGGAUUCUCUGUCAGGAAUGGGCCGACACCAGAGCAGGAAUGCAGAGCGAGACUGGGAGAAUGCGUCCACUGCAUCUUCUAUUGCUUCUGUAGCAGAAUAUUCAGGUCCGAAACUGUAUAAGGAGCCGAGCAGCAAGUCGAAUAAGCCAAUUAUUCACAAUGCUAUAUCCCAUUGCUGUCUAGCGGGAAAGGUGAACGAAACCGUAAAAAAUUCAACUUUGGAGGAGCUAGAGAAGUGCGACUCCAACCACUACAUCAUCCUCUUCCGCGACGCCGGCUGCCAGUUCAGAGCACUUUAUUCCUACUACCCGGACACGGAGGAGAUCUGCAAGCUGAUGGGGACGGGCCCGAAAAACAUCACCAAGAAAAUGAUCGACAAACUGUAUAAAUACAGCUCGGACAGAAAACAGUUUACCGUCAUCCCGGCCAAAACCAUGUCGGCCAGCGUGGACGCGCUGACCAUCCACAACCACUUGUGGCAAGCCAAGAGGCCCGCCUUGCCAAAGAAGAACCCCUUGUGCAAGUAAACACCUGCUGGGCAGAUGUAUCUGGUUUAGAGAGCAAAACGUUUACUUUAUUUUCACCCGCGGAUACAAAUUCUGCUGCACUUUGAAUGUUUUUACUUUCCCCCUCCCCCCCCCCCCCUCCGGUGGGGAAGACAAUUAUUGAUAAAUCCCGCCUGCAACUUGAAAAACUCCGGGAUUGCUGUUAUAGACCUCUCCGGCGCCACAAAAACGGAUCAAACUGAAGGAAAGCAAAAAUCAGUGUUUGUCUCUCUUGUAUUUAGUUUGUCGCUGCCCCUCCUCGAUUUUUUUAUUGUUGUUGUUGCCCCCUCUCGAAUUUUUUUUGUUGUUGCCCCCUCUCAAAUUUUUUUUUGUUGUUGCCCCCCCUCAAUUUUUGUUUUUUCAGUUUCUUUUCGUCCUGAAUGAAUGGCUGUGAAUCUCAACAUGGACAAUAACUCAACGGAAGGAAGGCAUUGCAUGCAGCAAGCGUCGCUAUCCAGUGGAUUUACUCUUACUUGAAUUGCCCCGCCCCAUACAUCUACACGCCCAAUCACAAUCAAGAGGGAAAAUGGCAUUUUCACGCUGUUACCGCUGGGUUCAAGUCCAUGGGAGAUUUACACGGAACGUUGGCACUAAAAUAAGCCCCUUUAUGUUCUAGACUUGCAGACAAGAUUGGAGGAUUUGAACCAGGAAUAUGAAAUAGUACACACAUUUUCUUUAUUUUUUUUUCUUUAGUGCAGUGAUGCUUUAAUAUCCAAUGAAAUUGUGUGGUAUAGAAAUAGAGGGCGGGACGGGGGCGGGAAUAAGCCCACACUAAGCACGGUACAUCUGUCUCUAUACAAUAUGGCGGUGCACUUAAUAUAUCAAUCACAGUCCUUUUUAAUUGUUUUACGAUGUCUUCAUGUGUAAUCUUAUCUUCGUUGCCGUGACGCGCGCGGCACGCAGAAAGCGCAUGCGUGCCCCUCCCCCGUUGAACGAUAUUUUUAUUUUGGGGUUGACUUAUUUAUUCUUUAAAACCAAAAAAAAAAAUUUUUAUUUUUUUUUGGGUUUAUCUCAUUAAAAUACAAAUAUGAUUCGCAAUCGAAUAUGGAGUUUUGUUUUUCGAAUUCCAGAAAUAGGCUUUUUUAAAAAUUGUUUUUGAUCUGUUUUAGCGCAGAAAUUUGAGCGAGCACUGACACAAAAAUGUAUGGAAACACUAGUCGCUAUCUUGAGGUUUUUAAUGCACUUUUUUUGGAUGUUUUUGUUGUUCCGUUGAGUUGCGUCUUUUUUGUUACAGCUCACACUAAGGGGCAUAUUUAUUAUAAGCCAACAUGACCGGUCUUGUUGCCCAUAGCAGCCAAGUAGCAAUUAGGUUUGAACAGUCACUUAGACGUUAGAAAACAAAAAUCUGAUUGGUUGCUAUGGGCAGUCCAAAAAUCUGGUUGCUAUGGGCUACAUCAUCAGUGAUGUUGCCUAUAGCAGCCAAGUACCAAUUAGAUUUAAACGGUAAUCUACAAGUUAGAAAACAAAUGAAACAAUCUGGUUGCUAUGGGCUACAUCACCAGUGAUGUUGCCCAUAGCAGCCAAGUACCAAUUAGAUUUGAACACUCACAUGUUAACAAAAAUCUGAUUGGUUGCUAUGGGCAACAUCACCGGUGAUGUUGCCUAUAGCAGCCAAGUACCAAUUAGAUUUAAACGGUAGUCUACAAGUUAGAAAACAAAUGAAACAAUCUGGUUGCUAUGGGCUACAUCACCAGUGAUGUUGCCCAUAGCAGCCAAGUAGCAAUUAGAUUUGAACACUCACAUGUUAAAAACAUAAAUCUGAUCGGUUGCUAUGGGCAACAUCAUGGGUGAUGUUGCCUAUAGCAGCCAAGUACCAAUUAGAUUUAAACGGUAAUCUACAAGUUAGAAAAUAGCCGCAAAACUCUGGUUCCUAUGGGCUACAUCACCGGUGAAGUUACCUAUAGCAGCCAAGUACCAAUUAGAUAUAAAUGGUCACCUACGAGUUAGAAAACAAAAGCAAAAAUCUGAUUGGAUAACAUCACCAGUGUUGCCCAUAGCAACCAAGUUGCAAUUCGAUUUGAACAUUCACCUACAAGUUAGAAAAGCAAAAAUCUGAUAGCAGCCAAGUAGCAAUUGGAUAUAAAUGGUCACUUACAAGGUAAAAAACAAAAGCAAAUUGGUUGCUAUGGGCAACAUCAGCGGUGAUGUUGCCUAUAGCAGCCAAGUAGCAAUAAGAUUUGAACAGUCAAUUACAAGUUAGAAAACAAAAAUCUGAUUGGUUGCUAUGGGCAACAUCACUGGUGAUGUUGCCCAUAGCGGGCAAGUAGCAAUUAGAUUUGAACGGUCACUUACAAGUAAGAAAACAAAAAUCUGAUUGGUUGCUAUAGGCAGUCCAUAGUUACCAAGUAGCAAUUAGAUAUAAACUGUCACAAGGUAAAAAA